CAUAGAUAACUAAUUAAAUGAUGCGAUCUGGAAAAAUCAAGUUUCCUGUGGAAGAUGAACUAAAAACACGAAAAUGAAAAAAAAAAUAAUGUCAUUUCACUCAGCGAAUCAGGAGUUAUUGACCAUUGAAUAAUGCAUUAUCCUUUAUGGAGACACGUGAUAAUCCUUUACUUUAUCAACAAUAUCUCAUAAACUAACGAAGACUUAUUGAAAAAAUCCAAUUUUCAUUUUGCAAGUGGAAAUAAUCCUAAAAAUGAGAUGAAAAAAAUCGGAUUUUACUCAGCGAGUCUCAAGAAAUUAACGCUAAUUUGCGAUUGACGGCGACCUGUUUUACCUGCUCAACUCUACGUAUUCAGAUAUUUGUGUGUGAAUGUGUUAAUGUAGCCGCUGUGCAUUGUGUUAGUCAUUGUGUAUGGCAAAUAUAAAACCGGGCAAUUGUGGGAAUUACCCACAUUUUUUCCAACACCGAUCAACAGUACCGGUGUGCCAUAUGCAGAGGAAAUAAAUUAUUGCGUUGACUGGUCAACAAUUAUUGAGAGACUACGACUACCCUGUAUUUAAGUUUAUUAAUUAGACUUAGAGGUAAUUUACAAUACUUAUUUGCGGAAAAGCUGAUUCGUGGUGGCAUGGCAGCAGUGACUGUCGGGGAUGACGCUUUUGUCAAUGAAGAUGGGGAUACUGAUGUCAUCACUCCGUGGAGUGUACAGAGUAAAAAUGACACUGGAGUCGAUUACGAUAAACUUAUCAAGAAAUUCGGCAGUGCUCGUAUUGAUGACGAGCUCCUCAAGCGUUUCGAAAAGGUGACCGGUCAACCUCCCCACCAUUUCCUCCGUCGAGGGAUUUUCUUCUCUCAUCGAGACAUGCACACAGCCCUGGACGUCUACGAGUCAGGCAAAUCUUUCUACCUCUACACAGGCAGAGGCCCCAGUUCUGAUGCAAUGCACUUGGGGCACUUGAUCUCUUUUCUUUUCUGCAAAUGGCUGCAGGACGUCUUCGACGUACCCCUCGUCAUCCAGCUGACAGACGACGAAAAGGUCAUCUGGAAGAACCUAGAUUUAGACGACGCCAUAAAGCUGGCCCACGAAAACGCCAAGGACAUAAUCGCCUGUGGCUUUAACCCCGAUAAAACCUUCAUAUUUUCCAACCUCGAGCACAUUGGGAACAAUCCAGCAUUCUACAGAAACAUGAUAGAAAUUCAGAAACGAGUGACAUUCAACCAGGUGAAGGGGAUUUUCGGCUUUGGAGACAGUGAUCCUAUUGGAAAAAUAUCUUUUCCCCCAACUCAGGCAGCACCAGCCCUCUCCACAACUUUUCCCUUCAUCUUUAAAGGGGCCAAGGUGCAGUGCCUCAUUCCCUGUGGCAUUGAUCAAGACCCCUAUUUUCGGAUGACGAGGGAUAUUGCCCCAAAAUUGGGAAUACCAAAGCCAGCAUUACUGCAUUCAAUCUUUUUCCCAGCACUUCAGGGUUCCAAGACGAAAAUGUCAGCGAGUGAGAUCAACUCAGCGAUCUUUCUCACGGAUACGCCCAAGCAGAUCAAGAACAAAGUCAAUAAAAAUGCCUUCUCCGGGGGACAGGCUACUGUGGAGGAGCACCGGCGACUCGGGGGUAACUGCGAAAUUGAUACCUCCUAUCAGUGGCUUAAGUUCUUCCUCGAGGAUGAUGAGAAGCUCGAGGUUCUACGGAAGAAUUACACGAGUGGGGACCUUCUCACUGGAGAACUCAAGAAGGAAUUGAUAGACGUCCUGCAAAAGCUCAUAUCUGAACACCAAGCGAGGAGAAGUCAGGUGACAGACGAGGUCGUCGAAAAAUAUAUGGUACCUCGGGAUUUAGGUUUUGUACUGAAUAAGUAGGAACAAAUGCAUUGGAAUGUGAAUAAUCAAAUUGAAAUCGAAUGUGACCAGGUCAUGAUUGUGUCGAUGGAAAGGUGGAGAUAUUCAGUAGACGAAUUGAUUUUUCCACGUUUUCUUAAAAACGCAAUUUUUCUCAUUGCACUUUUGUGAUUUCAUCCACUGUUACUUACCAGAAUCAUUGGAUUCCAUUUGAAGAUAAUAAAUUAACUGCAAUAAAAACUACAGCCACCAAA